GCCUCCACCUUCCCCCUGCCCCUGGCAGCUAACCAGAACACCCCUCACAGCUUCCCCCCUGCCUUGCAGUCCUCGCCGCACCCACAUCACCCCAAUAUGUUCGCUCCUCCAGCGGCCUUGCCUCCACCACCACCACUGACGUCUAGCACCCUGCCAGUACCUGGACAUCCUGCUGCUGGGAGUGCUUACUCAGAGCAAGACCUUCUACGCCAGGAGCUCAACACCCGUUUCCUGGCCUCCCAGAGCGCCGACCGCGGCGCCUCGCUGGGCCCCCCGCCCUACCUGCGCACUGAGUUCCACCAACACCAGCAUCAACACCAGCAUCAGCACCAACAUACCCACCAGCACACCCACCAGCAUACCUUCACGCCCUUCCCCCACGCCAUCAUGCCCACCCCAGCACCGCCCAUGUUUGACAAGUAUCCAACAAAAGUAGACCCCUUCUACAGACACAGUCUCUUCCACUCCUACCCGCCGGCCAUGUCUGGCCUUCCCCCUGUCAUCCCUCCAACUGGGCCCUUCGGCUCGCUGCAGGGUGCCUUUCAGCCCAAAACCUCUAAUCCUCUGGAUGUGUCCACACGACCUGGAGCCGUCCCACACACAUUCUUACAGAAGGACCCCAGGCUAACAGAUCCAUUUCGGCCCAUUCUCAGGAAACCAGGGAAGUGGUGUGCCAUGCAUGUCCAUAUCGCCUGGCAGAUAUACCACCACCAGCAGAAAGUAAAGCAGCAGAUGCAGGUUGACCCUCACAAGCUAGACUUUGGCCUCAAGCCUGAGUUCUUGAGUCGACCUCCGGGCCCCAGCCUCUUCGGUGCCAUCCAUCACCCCAGCGACUUGGCACGGCCUGCCACGCUCUUCUCUGCUGCAGGUCCUACACACCCAUCAGCAGGUCCUUUUGGCCAUCCGCCACAUCAUCCUGGAAACUUCCUCACCCCAGCAUCGCACUUGGGUAAGAGGAGUCUUCAUUUCAGUCCUAAUCCUUCAUCAGCCUUCGGAGGGCUGGGAAAUCCAGCAUUAACGGCCAACUCAGUGUUCGGCCAUAAAGAUGGCCCAAACGCACAGCAGCACUUCAAUAGCAACAGUAACAGCAACCACCAGGAGCCAUGGAACCGCCUGCACCGUACACCGCCCUCUUUCCCCACACCACCACCCUGGCUGAAACCUGGAGACUCUGAGAGGAGCACCUCAGUCAGUUCCCACGAGAGGGACCGGGACUCUGACAAACGGGACUCGAUGGUCGGUAAAGAUGACAAGGACAGGGACUCUGCAGAAAAGCGUCACCCGAGUCAUCCAUCCCCAGUCCCUGUUAACCCCAUCAGUCUUCUUAGCCACAACCGGCCUCCUGAACACCACAGGAGUCACCUGCCUCCUGCUUCGGGAGAAUCUCAGAGAGACAAGGAGAGCAAGGCAAAAGACAGGCUCAAAGACAACCAGCACAGUGACAAAGACACUCCUGUCAUCCAUGACAACCGAGUAUCAGAGGACAAAGUGUCCAACAGGGGGACCACAUCACCCUACGUUCGGCAGACCAGCCUAGAACGUCCCAACAGCAGCCUGAGCCGGGAGGUCCUGGAGAAGAAGGUAGAGCUGCCAUAUGAGCACCAGAAGAAGAACAGUGAGGUGAAGGUGAAGGAGGAGAGAAAGGAGGAGCAGGACGGAGCUACAGAGAGGUCAAGUGAGCACCCAACACAGGCACCCUCCACACCAAACCUCCACCCUCCCUCCACAAUGCCUGUACCCAUGGGCAUAGCUGGUGUUCACCCCAUCAACAGCAUGAGCAGUCUGGAGAGAACUCGGGUGGUGGCGCCUUUCAUGGGUAUCAGCCCCAUCCCAGGAGCUGACAGGUUUCCCUACCCGGCCUUCCACUGGGACCCUAUGAGGGACCCCUACAGAGGCCUGGACAUUCACAGACGAGACCCUUUGGCCCGGGAUUUACUGCUAAGGAAUGACCCUCUGCACCGGCUGGCAGCACCACGCCUCUAUGAGGCAGAGCGCUCAUACAGGGAGCGUGAGCCACAUGACUUUAAUCGUGACCACGCCCACCCUCUGGCUCUGGAGCAGAGGAGAGAGCAGGAGCGUGCCCAGCUGGAGGAGCGUGACCGCCUCAACAUGCUCAGAGAGGACUAUGAGCACGGGCGCCUCCACCCUACAAUGCACCAUCCUGCCCUUGAUGGACACCUCCCCCACCCUGCCCCUGGCCUCAUAGCCCCUGGACUCCCGAAUAAAACGCCACCCACCGCCUCUCUGAGUGCCCCACCUCCUCUCAUUCCCACACUGGGCGCCCGGCCCGGCUCACCAAGACGGACUACUCCCCUGGCCACAGAUAUCAGAGACAGACCAGCUCACAAAGACAUUGAGGCGCGGUGAGCUGAGCCUCAGCAGACUCCCUUUAGCCUUGUGCCUCACUAACCCUGAACUCACACCAAGCACUUAGCUUUGGGCAAAGCAAGACUGUAUCAUAGCUGUGAAUAACGUCUGUGGGCAGAGACAUACCCACCCAAUGAACUGUUUUUGUAUAAAACUACAACAAGACAAUAAUCAUGGAACAAAAUGCAUUUUUAAGAGUUUCUUUUCAGUUGCUCCAGCUUUUUGUGUGCAUCUCUCUUGUAUAGUGACGUGGAGUAAAAAUGGAAUGUAUAGGUCCUUUAGCACUGACGGACAGCAGUGUGUAGAUAACAUGUACAGUUGCUGUGCUCACUCUCUAUGGAUUAAAAAUCAUGGUACAAAUAUGCAAAAGAGUGUUUUGAAAGCUUUACUUUGAAAAAUGUAAAUAGAGGAGCAUUAAGGCAGUGAUACAGAAUGUGCUUUUUUUGCUAUUUCCACUUUUAUUUUUGGUUGACACAGCCAAUUAACAUACUACCAGAGACCAUCUAUUCAACUAUGCAACAAAUGUCUGGGCUCCCUUUCGGAAAGCUGGCCUUCUCACCACUACCGACUGUGCACCAGUAAAGGACAAAACGCUGCAUUCCCUCCACAACUCAGACUGGACAAACACUGGGUCCUUGCAGACAGCUCCAAGCUUUAACUGAUCCAUGCAGGAUCUGUGGGUAGCAAUUUGAAUUGAACAAAAAGGUAGUUUUUGAGAAUUACAUUCUCAGAUAUGAUGGAAUUGUGGUGACAAUCCUAGGAACAGUUAAUGAACUAUUGCCCUUGAAAGGCCUUUAAUGUAAAAAGGCAGCAGCACAAAACAUAUACACCCCUGCCCCCGUCUUACCUCCAGUCUUGUUCUGGGGAGAAGGCAGCACAUUAAACACCAUGACAGCACAUUGGCCCUGUGGAAGGAGUGUAAAGUAAAUGUUUUGGAAAUACAGUAGGUUCUGUUGGUCAAACUGUGUAUUACAGUGUUAAGUUGUUGUACCUGCAAAAUCAAAAGACAAAAAAAGCAAGUCUAAACUAUGGACAGUUUGUUUCUAAUGAACAGAGUUCUAUUUUAGUAGUCCACUGAAGGUUUAGUUGUGCGCUUCAAACUGUGAUAUCCUGUUGUGCAGUGUUUUUUAAUCCAACAUAAAAAUGUCCACCGGAGCCAUAGUGGUUAGUCAAUACAUAUUUCAAAAAGAUUGUUCAAUGAAACUUUUUGCUGUUUACCAUGUACAGGGGAAAAAAUUAAGUCUUUCUAGAUCAUGUACAUAAAUGAGAAAAAAAUGAAGCGACUGAAUCUUCAGCAUGCUCCUCAUUUAAACUUGUUAUGUAAAUUGUGCCAUGUUAUUAAAAAAUGUGUACUAACAGUGUCGUUGGGCUUUUAGUCCUCCACCUACAUGCACUGAACUGAGUCAACAGGCUGUG